AUGGCGGGUCCUAACAAGUCAACCUUCGUGGUCGAGCACCUCGACCCCGAGUUGGGUCCCUGGUCAGCCCUGGAAUAUGCCUGCAUUGCGAAAGAGUGCAACCAGGCGGGCGCACAGUUCCUCCUGACUUCGGUCCCAGAGUCCCUGCAAAUGCCCGACAAUCUGGCACGGAUGGAAGAACUCCAAGUAGAGAGACGCAGCGUGGAAGAGAUAUUCGCCGACCGCAAGUCGAGAGUUUGUCUACUUGAUCCAUCUGCCACGACGGAGUUAAGCCCUGCCGAUGGAGACGACUUUGACGUCUUUUUAUUUGGUGGUAUUCUGGGAGACGAUCCUCCUCGGGAUCGUACGUCUGAACUCCGCCGCAAAGGGUAUACUGGACGACGACUUGGCCCAAAGCAAAUGACAACCGAUACUGCAGUCCGAGUAACGCGUAUGAUUGCGCAAGAACGGAUUCCGCUAGACAAGAUCCCAUUCGUGGACACGCCCGAGUUGCGCAUUAACGAAUACGAAAGCACAGAGAUGCCGUUUCGAUAUGUCACUGACAGCGAGGGCAAGCCGAUUAUGCCAGAGGGAAUGGUUGAACUGAUCAAGAGCGACGCUGACAAGGCGGUCGAUGAUUUGAUGUGA